CGCGCAAGCAUUGUUGACACUGCGCGUGCUACAACCAUCCAUGUGCGGCCGGGCGUCACUCGGACACUGCGUGGUAAGAGAUGUAACAGCGACGAGAGAAUGGUAAGUGCUGCUGCGAUCUCCUUGUUCCUCGCUCCGGCAAAAUGUCUAUCGUUUCAUUGUCAACGGGAGAGCCCACGUGUACGCUCGAAGACCUCAAGGCAAUCGCCGGGGCGAACAACUUUGCCAUCAAGCCGGGUAGUACCAACGAGACUGCCUUCCUUCUGUUCGCUAACGCCUUCGAUGCGACAUGUGAGGCGGUCAGCAGUCUGCCGGAGUACUCAGAGCCGCGCCUUCAACCUCAAGCGGUUGAGGGUGGCGAGCGUAAGUACUACAAACCAGAUCAAGCCGAGAAUCCUCUGAACGCCUGGGCUCAUAAGACGACACUCCGGCUGCCAAAUGUGAAAGGACCGCUAAGUGGCCGUACCAUCGCCGUCAAGGACAAUGUGAGCGUGGCUGGUCUGCCAAUAGGCCUGGGCUGCUCGCCUAAGCUGCUCAAGGAUGGAAAACAUCCAACCUCCCCUAUUGAUGCCACAGUCGUGUCUCGCAUACUCGCCGCCGGUGGGACAGUCAAGGGAACAGCGACCUGCGAGAACCUAUCUAUGUUCGCGUUAAGUUACACAUCCGACUCAGGCGUCGUACACAAUGCAUGGUUGCCAGAGUAUGCAACAGGCGGCUCAAGCAGCGGCUGUGGCGCUCUGGUAAGUAUUGCGGAUGUAGAGCAAGCUAGGAAAGAUGGCAAAGAUGCCAGAGGCUAUCCGCUUGGCGAAGGCGUGGACCUUGCCGUUGGCGGCGAUCAAGGAGGCUCCAUUCGACUCCCUGCUUCCUACUCUGGCAUAUACGGUCUAAAACCAACGCACGGCUUGGUACCUUAUACGGGCAUCGCCGCUCUGAACCCGCUGAUCGACCAUACCGGACCAAUGACGCGGACGGUCGAAGACGCAGCGCUGUUAUUGACUGUCAUGGCGGGUUGGGAUGGCAUAGAUCCACGCUGUAGUCCUGAAACACCCAUGCCCAGCGCGGUACCGGACUAUUUGCACGAUCUGCAAUCAUGGAUCACCACCAAGGAGAAAGCUGGUGAGUGGACGCCACAAGCAGCGGCAAAGGGUUUAAGGAUAGGUAUUCUCAAGGAAGCCUUCGAGGUCUUUGGGCUUGAUCCAGCUGUCAGCGAGGCGGUCAAGAAGGCCGCAGAACGCUUCUCGUCUCUAGGUGCCGAAGUCAAGGAGGUGUCAAUACCAAUUCACAAGCACGCCGCUUCUAUCUGGACGAUCGCGGCGCGGCCGAUGAUGCCACACAACGUUAACGGCAACCCACCUGACCUUCUAUCAUAUACUAUGCCCUACCUACAACCCAACCCAGUCGAUCAGACAUACUUCGACACGCUAGCGAACCGCAAUCCAGCGGCGGUCAAUGUACUGAUGAACGCAGCACACAUGCAACACAAGUACGGUCCGGCUCUGGCUCGCAAGGCGCACAUGCAUGUAUGGGAGCUUAGGGCCGCAUAUGAUAAGGCCUUUGAGGAUGUCGAUGUGCUACUAACGCCCGUCAAUCCUACAGUAGGCCCUAGACAUCCAUCGGGCAGCGUGAAGUCAGAGCAGAAUCCUGACGGCGUCAGCCAGAGGCUUAUGGAUCUAUUCGAGCCCGCAAUCGGUAACACCCUCAAUACAUGUGGCUUCAAUGUGACCGGCCAUCCAGCUAUGAGUAUGCCUGUCGGCUGGGGCAAGGUGAAAGAUGGCGAAGGACGACUGCCAAUUGGCAUGCAAGUAGUGGCGAAGAGGUGGAACGAGGCGAGUCUAUUCAGAGCAGCGAGAUCGUGGGAGGUCGGUGGGAGGUGGAUGGACUCAUAGGGACGGAUCUCCUAAAGGUAAUAAACGCAGCUAAUAUUACCAACGUCCACUACUAGUCUUUGCACAGCGCUAACAUGGCCCUCCACCGGCUUGCAAGCUUCGUUCCAACCACCUUAUCAAAGCUUUCGUACCUCGCACCGCGCCCGUAGUUUGCAAUAGUGUACACUGGACCCAGUUCAUCGCCACUUAGUCGUUGCAUAGGCUCCCAAUCCAGUUGCCCAUGGCAGAACU